AUGCUCUUCCGAUUGUGUUCACAGAGUGUGUGGUUAGUUGUGGCUGCCUCCGUGGUCGGGGCAUUGGGAACUGGAGAACCUGUACCGCAACCCGUGGAUAACAAAAAGAACGAGAAGCGGGGACUCUUCGGCUUGGGGUAUGGAGGAGGAGGUGCCUUAGAAGGAGGUAGCUUCGCUGCUUACGGAGGCCUCAGUAGCUACGCCAGUGGAUACGGAGGAGGUGCCGGCAUCGGUGCAUAUGGAGGUGGAGGCGGCUACGGUGGUGGAUACGGAGGAGCUGGUCUCAGCGGUGUUGCAGCUGGUGGAGCAGCAGGUGGGGCUGGUGGCGUCGGAGGUGCAUCUGGAGUCAGCGUCGGGACUGCACUGGUGGUCCGGCAGACGGUGCCGUAUCCCGUUCCCUACGCAGUCACACGUGACGUCCACGUGCCCGUAUUUGUGCCGCGGCCUGUGCCCGUCCCAGUGUUCACAGGAGGAGCUGGUGGCGCAGCUGGUCGAGGAGGUGGCGCUGGGUUCGGUCUAGGAGGCGCUGGGUUCGGAGGUUACGGGGGCGGCAUCGGAGGUUACGGAGGCGGCUACGGUCUCACAGGCGGCUUUGGCGCGGGCAGCUAUGGCAUCGGUGGUGGUGGUGGCAACUCAACUCCUUCUGUGGAGGAGUACUGCCGGAGGAGUACUAGCCAGGAAAUUCCUCUUCUUAAGGGUUGUAAGAAACAGCGCCGUUUGCUGCCAGUUCACAAAAUACUUCUUCACAACACUAGUAAAUUUUUAUGCAGACAACUCAACUCCUUCUGUGGAGGAGUACUGCCGGAGGAGUACUAG